AUGAACGGCGCCAACGGCCAUUAUGGCCAGGCACCUCCUUCAACAUGGCAGGAGUUUCGAACCCCAGACGGUCGCGUUUAUUACUACAACUCCGCCACCAAAGCGACGCAAUGGACGAAGCCGGAGGAGAUGAUGACUCCAGCUGAGCGCGCCCUGGCGAAUCAGCCGUGGAAAGAGUAUACCGCGGAGGGAGGACGCAAAUACUGGUACCAUACGGAGACGAAACAGAGUGUUUGGGAAAUGCCAGAGGCUUACAAAAAGGCACUUGGUCAGACGGGCACUCAGACCCCCCCAGCCACUCCGGCAGCUGGCCCCCCAGCAGGUAGCUAUGGCGGCUCUGGGUACGACAGCCGCGAUCAGCGAGACUUUGUGCCCGAAUCGCGCCAGUUGACUUUUGGCGACCCACGCGCGCAAGCUUUCGUGCCGGAAAGCAACGAGCCUGAAUACGACAGUCCAGAGGAAGCCGAGGCGGCGUUUGUGAAGCUGCUCCGUCAGAGCAAGGUCCAGCCCGAUUGGACUUGGGAACAAACACUCCGUGUCAUUGUCAAGGAUCCUCAGUAUCGGGCCAUCAAAGAUCCUCGUGAGCGGAAGGCUGCUUUCGAAAAGUAUUGCCAUGACAUGAUCGCGCAGGACAAGGAACGAGCCAAGGAGAGGCUGACCAAGCUACGUGCCGAUUUUGCGACCAUGCUCAAGAGUCAUCCAGAAAUUAAACACUAUACUCACUGGAAGACAGCUCGACCCAUCAUCGAGGGUGAGACCAUUUUCCGGUCAACCAACAACGAGAACGAGCGUCGGCAGCUUUUUGAAGACUACGUUCACGAGCUGAAGAAAACACACCGAGAACAGCAAGCGGCCUUGCAUAAGAGUGCUAUGGACGGUUUGAUUGAUCUUCUCCCCAAGCUGAACCUUGAGCCGUACACUCGUUGGUCUGAGGCGCAGGAUAUCAUCACAGCAACGCCACCAUUCAAGAAUGACCAGAAGUUCCAGACUCUGAGCAGAUUUGAUCUCUUGACUGUCUUCCAGACUCACAUGAAAGCUCUCGAGCGCGCCUUUAAUGAUUCAAGACAAGAGGAGAAGACGAGGAAGCUUCGCAAGGAGCGCCAAGCCCGCGACAGCUUCUUGACCCUGCUCAAUGAGCUUCGUCGUGACCACAAGAUCAAAGCCGGUACGAAAUGGAGCCAGGUCUACCCUUUGAUUGAGAAUGAUGAUCGCUACAAGGCUAUGCUUGGUCAGGGCGGUUCCACGCCUCAGGAGCUGUUCUGGGAUCUCGUGGAGGAGGAAGAGCGUGCUCUGCGGGGCACACGUAACGAUGUCGAAGAUGUCAUUGACGACGCCCGUUUUGAGGUUACACCCAAGACCACAUUCGAUGACUUCCUUUCGGUUUUGAAGAAUGAUCGUCGCACUGCUAACAUUGACCGAGACAUCUCGAACUUAAUAUUCGACCGCCUGCAAGAGAAGAAGAAGGAGCGACGAUCCGAUGAAGAUCGCCAGGCCGAACGCCAACAGCGCCGGGCUUUGGACGACCUACGGUCUCUGAUGAAGCGUAUGGAACCUCCCAUUACGGUGCAUGACACUUAUGAGAAGAUCAAGCCCCGCCUCCUUAAGGCCGAGGAAUUCCAAGCCGUCUCCUCUGAGGAGGCCCGACAAGCCGCCUUUGAUAAGUACCUUCGCCGUCUGCGUGAGAAAGAAGACGAAGACCGCGAUCGCCACCGACGGCGCGAGCGUGAGCGAGAGGAUCGCUCCUAUCGUGAGAGAGAUAGAGGUGAGCGAUCUCAUCGCCAUGGCGGCCGUGGCCGCAGUCGUAGCCCUGAGCAAGACUCGUAUGAAGCAGACCGACGCAAAGCCAUUGCCGAACGCGAGCGCAACUACCGAAAGACAAGCAUGGCAGAAAGCCUCUUGUCAGACAGGAGAUCUAAUGAUUCCCAUUACGACUCUCAUCGAGACCGCGAUCGCGAGCGGGAGCGGGAGAGAGAUAGAGAGCGUGAUCGGGAGCGCGACCGUGACCGCGAGCGGGAGCGCGACCGUGAUAGGCUUCGGGAGCGUGACCGGCGUGAUGACCGUGGGGAUCGCUAUCGGGAUGACGAUCGUCCGCCUCGUCCCCGACGUGAUGACGGGCCCGGCGCGUAUGAUAGGGAGCGACGUGACCGGGAGGAGGAGCGAGAGCGACUUUACCGGCGCCGCGCUACUACUGACCGUAAUGCGGACGAGCUCAACUACGGUGAUGACAAGCCGGGAUCGACCUCUUCGUCUUCCCGCCGUCGCCGCGGCGACGAUGACGAUACGGAUAGGAGGGACCCUCGGGAACACAAGGUCAGACUGACAGACACCACCUGGUUUGGCCAACGCCAUGCUGACAACUUCCUCCAGCGGCUCCGCAGAGAGUACACUCCGCCCGCCGGCGGCAUCCCGCCCCGCCCAUCCUCUCCGCGCGACUCACGCGAGCGUACGCCGCAGCGAGACCGUGACCAGCGUGUACGCUCCAAGAGGACGGCCACGCCGCAGCCCCCUCCCAAGGCGGCGGCCGCCGCCGCCCCCGCGGAGGAUGACCCUGCGGGUGUUCACAGCGGCAGCGAGGAGGGUGAAAUCGAGGAGGAUUAG